UUUCAGAUCUUGAACCCAAAUUUCAUCCAGGAAGUGGCUCCGGAAUUCCUUGUGCCCUUAGUAGAUGUGACCUGCUUGCUUGGAGACACGGUGCUACUACAGUGCAAAGCCUGUGGGCGGCCAAAGCCCAACAUCACCUGGAAGGGUCCAGAUCAGAACAUCCUAGACACUGACAACAGUUCAGCCACAUACACCAUCUCCUCCUGUGAUUCUGGGGAAAGCACCCUCAAGAUCUGCAACCUGAUGCCCCAAGACAGUGGGAUUUAUACCUGCAUAGCAACAAAUGACCACGGAACUGCAUCCACGUCUGCUACAGUUAAGGUGCAAGGUGUACCCGCAGCCCCCAACCGCCCAAUCGCACAGGAGAGGAGCUGCACCUCUGUCAUCCUCCGCUGGCUACCCCCAGCCAGCACUGGGAACUGCACUAUUUCCGGGUACACAGUGGAGUACCGCGAGGAAGGUUCCCAGGUCUGGCAGCAGUCAGUAGCUUCGACCUUGGACACUUACCUGGUCAUUGAAGACCUUAGUCCUGGGUGCCCUUACCAGUUCAGGGUCAGCGCCAGCAACCCCUGGGGAAUCAGCCUUCCCAGUGAGCCCUCGGAGUUCGUGCGCCUUCCAGAGUACGAUGCAGCUGCUGACGGUGCCACCAUUUCUUGGAAGGAAAAUUUUGAUUCUGCUUACACGGAACUGAACGAGAUUGGCAGAGGCCGUUUCUCCAUUGUAAAGAAAUGCAUUCACAAAGCAACCCGCAAAGAUGUUGCUGUGAAAUUUGUGAGCAAAAAAAUGAAGAAGAAGGAGCAGGCUGCGCACGAGGCCGCCCUGCUCCAGCAUCUGCAGCACCCUCAGUACAUCACUCUCCAUGACACCUACGAGUCCCCCACGUCCUACAUCCUGAUUUUGGAAUUGAUGGAUGACGGCCGACUCUUGGACUACCUUAUGAAUCACGAUGAGCUGAUGGAAGAAAAGGUAGCUUUCUACAUCCGAGACAUCAUGGAAGCUCUGCAGUACCUUCACAACUGCAGAGUUGCACAUUUGGACAUAAAGCCUGAGAACCUGCUUAUUGACCUCCGGAUCCCAGUACCUCGAGUGAAGCUUAUCGACUUGGAAGAUGCUGUCCAGAUCUCAGGCCACUUCCACAUCCACCAUCUGCUGGGGAACCCUGAGUUUGCUGCCCCCGAAGUGAUCCAAGGCAUCCCUGUCUCACUGGGCACAGACAUCUGGAGCAUCGGGGUUCUGACAUAUGUCAUGCUUAGUGGGGUCUCCCCCUUCUUAGAUGAGAGCAAAGAGGAGACCUGUAUCAACGUGUGUAGGGUGGACUUCAGCUUCCCCCAUGAGUACUUCUGCGGUGUGAGCAACGCUGCCAGGGAUUUUAUCAACGUAAUCUUACAGGAGGACUUCCGGAGGCGGCCCACGGCAGCCACAUGCCUGCAGCAUCCCUGGCUACAGCCCCACAAUGGCAGCUACUCUAAGAUCCCCUUAGACACCUCCCGUCUGGCCUGCUUCAUAGAACGCCGCAAGCACCAGAAUGAUGUGCGUCCCAUUCCCAAUGUCAAGAGUUACAUCGUCAACAGGGUGAACCAAGGGACCUAGCUAUCCCAUAACCCCCUGCGGUUUCACAUAGAAGUGCAGUGUGAACCAAAGCAAGACUAAGCGUGUCUGUAAAUAACUCUGUUCAUCAUUUCACUCCAUGUGGUUCUCUGGACUGAGAGGUGGUCCUCUUAAACCUUGUCUGUGGUUGCGUGGGGUCUGAGCAUCGUGAAAGUCACCUUAAUCCCAGGAGCAUUCCAGAAGGUCAUGCUGAAGAAGUAAAGAUACAGAGUUACAGAAAGUAUUAAAAGAAAGGGCAAGGCUAACAAGAUAGAACUUGGUAUAAAAAUGUUAAUUGUACAUUCCAAAAUGAGCAGUUUAAGUGGGCAAGCAGUACACCCACUGAGCAGUAUAGUAGGUUUCUGAUUCCAUUGAAAAUUUAAGCAAAAAAAAAAAAAAAAAAAGUUCUAUUUAACAGAGAUGUCAGCUAUUCUGCUUUCGAUGGCUUAGAUAUAGUUUCUUAACAGGAUACAUAUACACAUACAAUAUAAUAGAUCUCAUUCAGGUUUCAGAGUUUUAUAAUAUAGAGUUCUAUAUGAAAUCAAUCAUAAGUAACUUUGAGUGCUCCCGUUAAGACAGUAAUUUAUUUACCGAAGCAUCGCAUUAUUUUGACUAAGCACAAUUAGAUGACAAGUUUUUUAGAGCAUUUUAUAAAUCUUGUAUAGAGAUCUUUUAUCAAAACCUGUGUAUUAAGAGAAAGCAAUGCGACCCUUUUGUGAGCUGUGAAUGGGAUAUUUUUUCCUCCAUUAUGGGUUGUUUGAAUAAGAUAGGUUCUGUGUAUCAAAGCUUCCCCUCUGAACUCACUGGCAGCUCAGAGUUCCUCCUGUGGGAAAGACUGCCAGGAAAUAAAUCCAAAUCUAGUAAGAAUGUGGAGGGGGUGGGGGGUGUUUUUAUAGCCACCCUGGGCCUGCCAUAGGUAAGUGAAUAUCACAAGUUCGGACAGAAGGGCACAUGGAAACUUUUCCUACAGUUCCUGUGAACAGCGUAGCAGCUCUUUCUGAUUUCAUAGCUGUAGAAUACAGUUUUCAGAAAGUUAGCUUGCUUUAUUUAUUUAUCCUAACCCCUCAUGAAGCUUCGGGGUGCUCACCAAAAGGAGGCAGCCAUCAAAGCCUUUGAAAGGCUCAUCCUAAGUCCUUCCUGAAGCCAUGGAGCAAAGCCUGACCUAUCACUUUAACACAGCAUGGGGUUUUAACUGUGAUAGCAAUACCUAUCACCACACAGCCACCAAUGUCUCUGCACUAAAAGGACCAAUUAUAUUCUGAGGCCAGUGCCGCUUUCUCCUUACAAGAUUUUGCCCGGUGCCCUCCGGAGGGAAACCAAAUUAACCAGGGCACUUCAUGGUUUUUUUGUUUUGUUGGGUUUUUUUUUUUUUCUUCUUCUUCUUCUUCUUCUGUUGGAAGGGGGGAGUGGGGGAAUGUUUGGUUUUUUGUUUUUGUUUUUUAAUUAUUUUCUGUUUGUACACGACUCACCCUUUGUUUCCUAGCGUGUGCUUUAAAAAUUGCUUUGAUGCAAAUAAUAU